AUGUCGUCCAACAACACCUCGGCCAGUGUCUCCAUCGAUAAGUUCGAUGGGGACAACUACUCAACCUGGUGUCGCUACAUGCGCGGCGUGUUUCUGACGAAGUCAGUCUGGUACGUCGUGAACCGCGAAACGUCUCCAACCUUCACCGACACGCGAGCUUCCGACGAGUACGUCAAGGCGAGCAACAUCGCGUUCGGGUUGAUGUUGCUCCACAUGGACGCCGACUACCACCAUGUGGUCGACAACUGUGAAGAAGCAUGGACAGCGUGGUCGCGGUUGAAGAUGCUCUAUGGUGGGUCGCAGAAGGCGGGACGCAUCUACCUCAAGCGCCAGCUGUUCAGCAUCAAGAUGGCGGAAGGUGCCAACGUCUUGCACCAUUGCAACGAAGUCUUGAACAUCGGCGCCAAGCUCAGCAGCAUCGGUGCCAAGAUGGAAGACGAAGACAUUGCGAUCUGCUUGCUGCUCAGUCUCCCGAAGAGUUUCGAGAACGUGGUUCUGAACUUGGAGAUGAGCAAUGCAGAGCUGCGCACGCAAGAUGUGGUCAAGGUGCUGACUAACGAGCACAUCAAGCGACAAGGCGAGAAGAUGACAACGGCAACGACAACGGUGAAGACUGAAGAUGCGACAAAGGCAUUCAGUACCGAGCGCAAGCCCUACCAAUGCACAUACUGCGGCAAGGUGGGGCACACGGCAGAGCGUUGCUGGACGAAGCAAAAGGAUGAAAGUCGAGGAGCCCAACGCGGCGGCAAUGGUCGUGGACGCGGGGCAAACAAUGUCCAGUGGCGACAUUAUGAUGAAGGCAACAGCUACGAUCGAGUGGCGUUUGCAGUUUCGUUCGAAUGCGGAGUUUCGACGAACAAGAAUGGACCAGGAAUGUGGGCCGUUGACAGCGGGGCAACACAUCACAUCUGCCACGACAAGUUCAAGUUUGCAAGCUUGGUCGAAGGCAAUGAUGGCGAGAUCCUGGUGGCUGAUGGCAACAAGGCGGCCAUCAAAGGUGUGGGGACCAUCGUGGAAAAGGUGAUUCUGCCAAACGGGGAAGAGCGCGAGAUCGAGAUCAAGAACGCGCUCUAUGUGCCCAGCAUGAGCAAAAAUCUGCUCUCGGUGCCGCAGAUUAACAAGCACGGCAACUUCCAAGUGGUGUUUGACGGGGAUACGAUGUACGUCGCUCGCAAGGAUUCCAAUCAAGUGGUGGCAGCUGCGGAUCUUGUAGACGGACUCUACUGGCUUCGCACGACGCAGCGAUCGGCCAAUGCGACAUCACUCAGCAACGCUGUUGAUCUACAUGCGCGAAUGGGCCAUGCUCCAGUCGACGUGCUUCGCAGGAUGGUGACAAGCCACAUGAUCAAGGACGCUCACAUCCCUUCCAAGCCGAAUGGAUCAAGUGUGUGUCGAGGAUGCCAAGAAGGGAAGAUGGUCCAAAAACCAUUCCCGAGCAACAGUGACAAGCGCACCUACAACACCUUCGAGAUGCUCCACUUCGACAUCUGCGGACCCAUGGAAGAAAAAUCUCUGGGUGGCAGCAAGUAUCUGCUGCUGAUCGUGGAUGAAGCCAGCGGAUGCAUGAAGGGUUUUUGUCUGCAUGCCAAGUCAGAGAGCGAAGAGAGCAUCAAGAAGUACAUCACGAUGAUACAGACGCAGUUCAACAAGAAGGUCAAAUUUGUGCGACACGAUGGAGCCCGCGAGUUUGCGACGAACUCGCUUCAAGAUUUCUACGAAGUCGAAGGCAUCGAGCAACAAACCACGGUGCCAUACGCACAUCAAGCCAAUGGAACUGCUGAACGCGCGAUUCGAACUAUCGUCACCAUCGGUCGUAGCAUGCUCCAUCAUGCCAAGUUGGACAAGUGCUUCUGGGCUGAAGCGGCAAUGACGGCCGUCUAUGUGAAGAACCGUUUGCCGUCACCCAAGAUUCCACACAAGACACCGUUCGAGAUUGUCUACAAUUCUAAGCCAAGUGUCGAGCACAUGCGCGUUUUUGGGUGCCAAGCAUACAUCUUGACCCCGAAGGAGAAACGACUCAAGUGGGAUCCCAAGGCCCGGGCUGGAUUGUUUUUGGGCUACGAAGAAGUGUCCAAGGCGUAUCGAGUUUACGACAUCGAAGCGGGGCAGGUGAUGAUAAGUCGCGAUGUCAACUUCGAUGAGUCGGCCUUUGGAAUGUCGAUGCUGAUUUCCGAUGACGAUGUUGAUGGCCUGGACUUCGAAUCGAUCGAUCUUGAUGAUGAAGAACCGCGUCCGAGACACUUCAAACAAACAGGAAAGCGCAAGGCCCAACCCAGUCACGACAAUGACGACGCAAGCAUGCCCCGAGCAGUGCGCCAACGACCCGGAUUGGAAGAGUCAAGUGCGCCGGAUGACCUCUCUUCACGUCGAGCCAACGAAGAUGAAGAAAGGAAGUCGGAGGAACAACAUGACACACCGACUUCCUCCGCGUUUUGGCAUGCGAGUGCAAACGCCGUCGAAGCAGCGGUCGAUUUUUCGGAGCCGUCGACAUUUGAAGAAGCAGUGUCUGGCCCGGACCAAGUACACUGGCGCAAGGCAAUUGAUGCGGAGCUCGAUUCGAUGAAGCUUCGCGGUGUCUUUCGUGCGGCCAAGUUACCCAACGGACAAAGCGCCAUUGGCACAAAGUGGGUCUUCAAGAUCAAGCGCAAGGCGGAUGGGUCGAUCGAGAAAUACAAGGCACGACUUGUGGCCAAGGGUUUUCGCCAAAAGUAUGGCAUCGACUACACGGAGACGUUCUCACCCGUGGUCAAGUAUGUGACGCUGCGAAUGGUCAUCGCCAUUACCAAGCACUUUGGAUGGCCCCUCGACCAGCUCGAUGUGGCGUCAAGAUGGAAGGUGAUUUCGACUGUCUCGAGCUGA